GCCUGCUAGUCUGGUCCUCCUUCUGUUGCUCUCCUAUUGGGCGUCUCGAUUUCUUUCUCAUCUUGUUGAACGCUGCGGUUCUUGCUCCGAAUCCGUCCAGGCCGGCAACGGGGAAGGGGCGGCGCACUGAGACCUGAAGGAACCGCCGCCGCCGCCGCUCUUCUCUGACGGAAAUGGCCCAUCAGGGAGUUCCGAAAUUCGGAAGUUGGGAGGACGAAGGGCAAGCCUACACGCAGUACUUCGAAAAUGCUCGCAAGGGGAAAUCUCCAGGGAGGUCUGUUAAUCCAAACAACCCUAAGGAAGCCACAGAAGCACCCUCGAAUGAUCCACCGUCAGUUAAGGCCUCUCCCUUGAGGGCUGGAACCGAGCCGGGGUUACGGAGCAAGGAUGAAACACGUGCCACCCGUGAAGAUGAUCUUCGACGGCACGACGCAACAGCUCGAAAAGCGAGCAAUGAAAGGUCACCCAUGCAUCCUCGUCAUGCUGCAAGGCUUGCAAACAAAGGUGGUGGUGCAUCCCCUUCUGGAGAUCGCAGGGGUUCGGCGGAAGGAAACCGUGGGAAUGCUCCUACCACACCUGGAAGGUCUAAGAUGAGACCAAGUGGGCGUGGUGAUGAAACGCCUGAGAGAGGAUCAGCUGUGCCAAAGUUUGGAGACUGGGAUGAGAAAGACCCUUCAACAGGUGAAGGUUUCACUGACAUAUUUGAGAAGGUGAGGGAGGAGAAGCAGUCGGGCACGGAUAAUGUCAGCACCAGCCAUGCGUAUACCAACCGCUACAAUCAAGGGGGCCGAUAUGAAUCUUCGGGCUGCUCAUGCUUCAGUUGGUUCAAGAAGUAACACCGGCCCUGUCUGAAAUAUACUUGUUGCUAUUGUAUCUUUGUCAAAUGAGUAGCCUCAGUCCGUUUUCCUGUUGAGAUGUUAUUCAGUCAUGAGACAUGUAUCUGAACACAGAUUUGGAAGGCUGUGAUCAGCAUUUUGAGCGUUUGUAAUUUGUGAGUGAUUGCCUGAAUUGUUCUGCAUUGUCUCAUUGCUAUACUGAAGGGCGACAAGUUGGCAAA